UCUGAAUGAGUUUUCUCUAAUUUCUUUUACACCUAUGUUUCACUAUCUCCGAAUUUCUCGAAUAGCUUCUUCUUCUCUUCUCAUCUUCACAAAAUCUCUACAAACUCUCACUGAAUCAUCAAAAUCCUCUCAAAAAAACCCUAAAAAUUUCCUCAAUUUCUGCUCAACAACGAAAUCUCUCCUUCAAACCCAACAAGCUCACGCUUUCUCCAUCAUCCAUGGCCUUCUUCCGUUCAGCAUUUCCAUCUCUGCAGCUCUCAUUCUCCGUUACGCCGCUUUUUCAUCAGACCCAAGAAUCGUACGGACGAUGUUCUACCAAAGUCUCCCUUUUUCUCGUUCGGCGUUUCUUUACAACACCCUUAUUCGAGCUCAGACGAUUUUGGGUGUUGUGGGUGUUAUUGAGAUUUAUAAUGGGAUGUUGAGAAGUGGGGUUGUGCCAGAUGAUCAUACUUUCCCUUUUGUGAUUAAGCUUUGUACUGAUUUUCUUGAGGUUCGAAAAGGGUUGGAGGUUCAUGGGUUGUUGAUGAAAUUGGGUUUUGAUUAUGAUGUGUUUGUGAAUAAUACAUUGAUGCUGUUUUAUGGGAGUUUUGGUGAUUUAGUGGGUGCACGGAAGUUGUUUGAUGAAAUGUCUGAAAGGGAUUUGAUUUCGUGGAAUAGUAUGAUUCGGGUGUUUUCGGAUAAUAGGUGUUAUUUUGAAGGUAUUGGGGUGUUUAGGGAGAUGGUUUUACGGUCUGAGUUUAAACCGAAUGUGGUAAGUGUAGUGAGUGUAUUGCCCGUUUGUGCAGUGCUUGAAGAUGGGAUAAUGGUUGGUGAGAUUCAUUGUUAUGUGAUUAAAGUGAGUUUGGAUUGUCAAGUGGCUAUCGGGAAUGCAUUUAUCGAUGCAUAUGGGAAGUGCUUGAAUGUUGAGUCGUCAAGACAAGUUUUUGAUGAGAUGGUUGAAAGGAAUGAGGUUUCUUGGAAUGCAAUGAUUGGUACCUUUGCUCAUAAUGGGUUUAGUAACCGUGCGUUGGAAAGUUUUAGGUUUAUGAUUGAUGAAGGUUGGAAAGUAGAUUCGACUACAAUUUCAAGUUUGUUACCUGUCUUGGUUGAACUUGAAGAGUUUAGCAAGGGAAGAGAAGUUCAUGGUUUUUGUCUAAGAACAGGCUUAGAGCGUGAUGUAUUUGUUGCGAAUGCCUUGAUUGAUAUGUAUGCAAAAUCAGAGCGUUCAGCUAUAGCAUCUGCUGUGUUCCAUAAAAUGGGUUUGAGAAAUGUUGUGUCAUGGAAUACAAUGGUUGCAAAUUUUGCUCAAAAUAGGCUUGAGUUCGAGGCUAUAGGACUUGUCAGGGAAAUGCAAUCUAGUGGUGAAACUCCAACAUCUGUUACACUGACAAAUGUUCUUCCUGCAUGUGCACGAAUUGGUUGUCUUCGCUCAGGAAAGGAGAUACAUGCCAGGUCAAUAAGGAAUGGAUCUGUCAUUGAUCUCUUCGUCUCAAAUGCUAUAACCGAUAUGUAUGCAAAAUGUGGUUGUCUAAAUCUGGCACAAAAUGUGUUUGAUAUGUCUCUUAGAGAUGAGGUAUCUUAUAAUAUACUCAUUGCUGGUUAUUCACAGACAAGUCAUUGCUCAAAGUCUCUUGGAUUGUUCUCUGAAAUGGUGCUGUCUGGGAUGAAGCACGAUACUGUUUCCUUUGUUGGAGUUCUCUCAGCUUGUGCAACUGUUUCGGCUAUUAAACAAGGAAAGGAAAUCCAUGCAUUUGCAGUUAGAAGAAUGUUUCAUGAAUACCUCUUUGUGUCAAAUUCUUUCCUUGAUUUGUAUACCAAAUGUGGACGGAUUGAUCUUUCUCAAAAGGUUUUUGAUAGGAUUGAGAGCAGGGAUGUAGCCUCAUGGAAUACUAUGAUUUUAGGGUAUGGGAUGCUUGGUGAUUUACAUACUGCAGUUGAUAUGUUUGAAGCCAUGCGAGAGGAUGGUGUUGAACACGAUUCAGUCUCUUAUAUUGCAGUUCUAUCAGCAUGUAGUCAUGGAGGAUUAGUUGAUAAGGGAAAGAUAUACUUUAAUGACAUGCUUGCUCGUAACAUUGAACCAUCACAGAUGCACUACGCUUGCAUGGUUGAUCUUCUUGGUCGUUCUGGGCUUAUGGAUGAGGCCAUUAAUCUUAUUACUGGUCUACCAUUUAAACCAGAUUCCAAUGUUUGGGCUGCGCUCCUUGGAGCAUGCCGACUCCAUGGAAAUGUGGACUUGGGUUCUUGGGCAGCCGAGCACUUAUUUAAGCUGCAGCCACAUCAUCCUGGGUACUAUGCUCUUCUAUCAAAUAUGUACGCUGAAGCAGGCCGGUGGGGUGAAGCUGAUAGUAUCAGAGAGUUGAUGAAGCUGAGAGGAGUGAAGAAAAACCCUGGAUGUAGUUGGGUUCAAAUUCAAGACAAGGUGCAUGCUUUUAUUGUGGGACAAAGACUGGAAGGAUUGGAUCCAUGUUUGUCGCUUGAGAACAUUGGUUGACAUGGAUUGUUUCAUUGAGCUUUUAGUGUAUGUAUGAACACCAAUUCAGAGGUCCAAUCCAAUAUUUUUCAGCUGACGCAGUGUGGACCAAAUUUUGAUUCCUUAUGAAGACUCAUUUGCUGCAUUAUUGACAACGUUGAGGCGGGGAAGCUGAGCAAAGUUUCUGACUGCCCACUUUUGUAGGAGUAAUGAGCUAAGCACUGGACCUCAAAUCAUGGCCAAGUGCAAGCUUUGUCCAGGACAAGAACUGAAAGGAUAGACCAAGAGCUCUGGUGAUCUGUUUUGCUUGAGAUGUUCUGUACUGGAGCAAUUUCCGGUCAACUUUAAAUUGUUUUAAGGACAUGAGUUGACUCUACUCUAAAUUGAGAUGCAGUAUCCAUGGCUAGUGAAUAAACUAAUUGUCCAUGAGCUGAAAGCAAUAGUUUAUACUUGACGUGCUUCUGGCCUGCACCACAGAAAUGCCAAGCUAACUAUAUCAAGAACUCGAGGAGUUACCUGUUGGAGAAGAGCAGCAGAACAAGGCUGCUUUCUAAAUGUACUCAUGUGUUAAUUGUCAAUUAUGGGGAUUUAUUGGGGCUUAUGUUUAGGUCUCUCAAGGUGUCUUGUACCACACCUUAAUGUAUUUGGCGUCUAACAACCACGCCAGUUUACCAUCAUCAAAAUAUAGAUUCAUGACGAUAAUCGUGUUGACUUUAAUAUUA